UUUACACGGGACAAGACGCGACAAGACAAAACACACGUCCGACUGCUACGCCAUCUUGGGAAAAAAUGUGCAUGUGUAGGGAUGUGACGUCAAUCAAAUCAGAUUUAUUUAUAAAGCCCUUCUUACAUCAGCUGAUGUCACAAAGUGCUGUACAGACACCCAGCCUAAAACCCCAAACAGCAAGCAAUGCAGGUGUAGAAGCACGGUGGCUAGGAAAAACUAGCCAAAGACUUGAAUGGAAUAUGACUGGAGGGAGAUGUUUAUUUUUCAUGUGUCUAUUUUUUAAAUGUUGUAUGAUGUCGGUUUUUCCUCCUUUCCUACUAUCGAUAUUUGUUCCAUAGUUUACCAUCCGUACAGUAGGUGGCGGCAUGCAUCUCUAACCAUUUUUUGCGGACCGCCAUAAUACCAUAGAAGAAGAAGGUUAUUUCGGUCGAGGAACGUCACCUGCAUCUGUGAGGUGUUCCGAAGCCAGGGAAGGGAUGACCGGCCAGACGGAGGCUGAUAUACCUGAAACAGGAGCAGUCUUCACCUUUGGGAAGAGCAAGUUUGCUGAUAAUGUGCCCAGUAAAUUCUGGCUGAAGAAUGACCAUCCAGAGGAAAUCUCAUGUGGGGGGGAUCACACUGCUGUCAUAACAGGCCAUGGCAGGCUGUUCAUGUUUGGAAGUAAUACCUGGGGUCAGCUAGGACUGGGGUCAGAGAUCAAUGUCAACAUCAACAAGCCCACCGCUGUGAAAGCGUUGAAGUCUGAAAAAGUUAAGUUUGCGUCAUGUGGGAGAGACCACACAAUAGUGUGCACAUGGAGUGGGCGUGUUUAUGGUGCUGGCAGUAACCAGGAGGGGCAGCUUGGUUUGGGACACUGUGACGACACAAACACCUUCCACCUGCUUCAUCCUUUCUCUGACCAUGCACCAAUCAAAAUGCUUGCUGCUGGCUGCAACACCUCAGCUGCCCUGACUGAGGACGGCAGGCUGUUCAUGUGGGGUGAUAACUCUGUGGGCCAGAUCGGUCUGGGCACAGAGAGCUACGCCUCAGAGCCUAGAGAUGUGAUGGUGGGACAGCCAGUGGCCUGGGUGUCUUGUGGAUACCACCACUCAGCGUUUGUCACAGUGGAUGGGGACCUCUACACCUUUGGGGAGAGUGGGAGCGGAAGGCUGGGUGUAUUCCCAGACCAGCUAACCAAUCACAGAGUCCCUCAGCGGGUGGAAAGCAUCCAGGACCCGGUCAUCCAAGUGUCCUGUGGAGGGGAGCACACAGUGGCACUCACAAAGGACAAUGUGUACGCAUUUGGGCGGGGGCAGCAUGGGCAGCUAGGCCAUGGGACCUUCCUGUUCGAGGUACCUUUGCCAAAAGCACUGGACCACUUCCGGAAUGGCAGAGUCAGUCACGUAACCUGUGGAGAGAACCACACUGCAGUGAUCACAGACAGUGGGAUUCUGUACACCUUUGGGGACGGUCGCCAGGGUAAACUAGGACUGGGGGAAGAGAACUUCACCAACCAGUUCAGACCAACACUGUGCCCACGCUUCCUCAAAUACAGUGUCCAGUCAGUGGCAUGUGGCGGCUCUCACAUGCUGGUGCUGGCUAUGCCCAGACUCCCAGAGGUUGAGGAAGUGGUGAUAGAGGAGGAUGAUGUUACAGAGAGCAUUCUGGAGUCUCUGGAGACCUACACCGAGCUGCUCCUGAUGGACCCCUCCUUCCUGAUGCCCAACCCACAGACCACACCUCUGUGGACCCUGUCUGCUAGGGCCCGCCGCAGGGAGAGGGAGAGUUCUCCAGAGCAGUUUGGCCAGAUGUUCCGUAACCUUCCGCCUCUGAUGUCCGGCUUCCUCAACGCCUCCCUGCCCCUGUCCAGAAAUAUCCGCAUCUCCAGAACACCAUCUGAAGACCCCUGCAUCUCCUCACUGUCCUCCAAUCCCUCCUCAAACGACCCCCCCAGCCCCUCUCUGUCCCUUAAAUCCAGAUCCAAAACCCCAUUAACACCGUCACCCAAGUUCAUAUUCCCAGACCCUCCUAGCCCUUCACUCUCCUCCAAGUUCUCCCCUAAGAAGAGGCCCAGCCCAUCAAAAUCACCCAAAUAUGCAUCUAAAGAAUGCCUCACCCACUCACAGUCCUUUAAAUCCACACAUAAACUCAUCCCCACCCCCUCAAUGUCCCCUAAACCCUCCUCUGUAAAGCCCACAGAUGACAACCAAUCCCCCAAAACGCUGUCUGAGGGUCCCACCACACCACAGACAGACAGGACCAARGACACUGUGACAGAAGCAACUGACAGCCGGAUGCUCAUUGAGAAUUUGGAGAAGAACAUGGAUCUCAUGGAUGAAGAGGACAAUAAAGACAUGUUGCCAGACCUGGCAUUACCAUCAGGAGGCGAUUUUGGCGAUGAGACUGGGACUACAUCUGCAGAACAGAAGGAUAAGGGACAUAAAAAGGGUCGGGCUCUGAGGAGAGCUGUUAAGGAGGCAGAAAUGGAGGUUGAACAAGCCCUGGCCAACAGGAAGCCGCAGCUACUUCCCCAUAAGGCCCUUACCACCGAGCUUCUGAGAGGCUCCAGCUUGAGUUCGUUAAAGGCAGAGGGCACACCCCCAAAGAGCCCCAAAUGCUUAAUGAACCCUCAGACACCAGCCAGCGGCAAGGAAAACAUUGCUUUGACAGCAGAAAAGGCUGGCAUCAAAGUGAACACCAGUAAACUGACGGGUAGUAAUCUGCAAAGCACAGGUAAAGCAGGGUCUAAGCCAAUUUCACCAGCAAAGAAACAAAGCAAGUCAUCCGUAUCGAAACCUAGCACUCCUGAACACAGCCAGAUCCAGAUAUCUGUGUCUAAACCCAGUACUCCAAAACAUGGUCAAAACAAACUGUCUGAAUCUAAACCCAGCACUCCAAAACAUGGUCAAAACAAACUGUCUGAAUCUAAACCCAGCACUCCNUCAAAACAAACUGUCUGAAUCUAAACCCAGCACUCCAAAACAUGGUCAAAACAAACUGUCUGAAUCUAAACCCAGCACUCCAAAACAUGGUCAAA